AUGGCUAAACCGGGGACACCCAAGAACCUCAAACUCGAGGUCAACGACUUUGGAUCUUCAACGUCCUCGUACGACCCGAAAACGAUGGCCUCUCCCGGUCGAGUAACCAACUUCAAACCACUGGCACUCCGAGCUCCCACACACACCUCACUCGAUAUCGAAGACCUCUUUGUCGGACCCCGGGACAUGAACCACCACUCCAAAUGGCCCUGGUUUGCGCGUCUGCACGGUAGUGUGCUGCCCAAGAUGAUCCUGCCGCUCGCGUUCGUGGCCGGCUGGGCGACGUUGUUCACCUGCAUCAACAAGUUCGUGUACGAACUGGUGUUUGACUCGGUCCUCCUCACCAUCACCGGUUUCGUGGUCAGUUUGGCGUUGUCGUUCCGGUCGACGACGGCCUAUGAAAGAUACAGCGAGGGGCGGAAAUACUGGGCACAGUUGAUUGUGACAUCGAGGAAUCUGGCGAGGAUUAUCUGGAUCCACACCAAGGAGCGACAUUCCGUGAGCGAGGAACAGGGUAAGUCGGAGCUACUGGCCAAAUUGACCGCGCUGAACCUCAUCAACGCCUUCGCUGUGGCCCUGAAGCACCGACUCCGGUUUGAGCCCUCGACCGACUACCCGGAUUUGCAACCGCUGAUUGGGAAUCUGCACACCCUGGCCAGCGAGGCGGACCAGAGCCAGCUACAACCCAAGCGAGCCAGCUCGUGGAAAGCCGCCGGGCAGUACCUGGGGGUGUCGUUCGCCGAGUCGAACCCGCGCAAGCUGAUCAAGCGGUCGCGGGACAACCUGGGCAACCUGCCGCUCGAGAUCCUCAACUACCUGGGAGCGUACCUGGACGAGGUGUGCAGCAACGGGCAACUGACGCUACCGAUCCACCAGACGACGGUGAUGAACAGCAUCGCGCAGCUCGCCGACAUCCUGACGGGUACGGAACGGGUGCUGAACACGCCGGUGCCGAUCGCGUACUCGAUCUCCAUCUCGCAGAUCACGUGGGUGUACAUCCUGACGCUGCCGUUCCAGAUCUACAGCAAGCUCGGGUGGGUGACGAUAUUCGGGGUGGUGCUGGCCGCGUACAUCAUCCUGGGCCUGGCGGCGAUCGGGUACGAGAUUGAGAACCCCUUUGGCGUCGACGUCAACGACCUUCCGCUCGACGACUACUGCCGCGAACUGGCGUCCGACAUUGACGUGCUGACGAGCAUGCCGGCACCCAACACCGAAGGCUUCAUCACCACCGCGCACAACAAGGUGCUCUUCCCGCUGAGCAUGAGCGACUACGAGCUGUGGAACGACCGGUCCGUGGCCGAGAUCCGAAGUGCCCUACGCGCCAAAGCCACCACGGCCGCGACGUCGGUCGAUUUUGAGCGCGCAAAGGCCCAGGUCGAAAGCAACAGCGAGGGGAUAACGGCUCGAGGGGCACCGCCUGUCCAGGAGACCAAGGCCCGAGACAUAAUGGCCGCUGAAGCGGUGUAG